UUGAAACAGAAAAGAAAAUUAUACAGAACAGACGUGAAAGGAUUAGUGAUAAACUGAUAAUCGAAGAGAGAAGGAAGAAAAGCAAUCGAAAUCCGAAAGAGUUACAUAUUCUAAAAACUUAUCAACCAAAUCAUCUCCCAUUGUUAGUGUCGCUAGAGUGAGGUUGAGGCGCAAUCCAGGUUUACCCAGGCAGUAAAACUGGAAAAAUAAGCAGGAUGGAUUUCGUGUCCAGCUACAAGGGCGUUGUUGGUCGUGUGUUUGGAAAUGAUAAUUCUACGUCAAAUGAAGAUAGUACAUCGAAUAGUUAUGUUGAGCGAUUGCUUGAUCGGAUUAAUAAUGGCACAAAGACUGAGGAUAGAAGGAUGGCAAUGGUCGAGCUUCAAUCUGUUGUUGCAGAGAAUCAGGCUGCCCAGUUAGCUUUUGGAGCAAUGGGCAUUCCAGUAAUACUAAGUGUGUUGAAGGAAGAGCGAGAUGACGUUGAAAUGGUUCAAGGUGCAUUGGAAACCAUUGUCAGCUCUUUGACUCCUCUGAAUCAUGCAAAACUGGAAAAUAAUGAAGUGGAGCCAUCGAAAAUGAAUGCUGAUUUACUAUCAAGAGAAGUAGACAACAUAGCUCUCCUUCUCAGUUUGCUAGAAGAGGAUGACUUUUAUGUUAGAUAUUAUACACUCCAAGUUCUGACUGCCCUUGUCACAAGUUCGCCAAGCAGGUUACAGGAAUCAAUUUUGGCUAUUCCUCGUGGUAUAACUCGACUGAUGGAUAUGCUGAUGGACCGUGAGGUUAUACGCAAUGAGGCGUUGCUGCUACUUACUUACUUGACUCGUGAGGCUGAGGAAAUUCAAAAAAUUGUAGUAUUUGAAGGGGGUUUUGAGAAGAUUUUUACUGUUAUGAAAGAGGAAGGUGGUUCAGAUGGUGGAGUGGUUGUUCAGGAUUGUCUUGUUUUGUUGAAUAAUAUUUUGCGUAACAACAUCUCUAAUCAGACUCUAUUGAGAGAGACGGUGGGAUUUGAUCCUAUUAUAUCACUAUUGAAGCUUCGAGGAGUUUCUUAUAGAUUUACUGAGCAGAAGACAGUCAAUCUGCUCAGCACAUUGGAGACUAUUAAUUUGCUAAUUGCUUGUGGUCCACUUGUUGAAAUGGGAAAAGAUACAAAUAGUAUGACGAACAGAACAGUUUUAGUUCAGAGAAAGCUAUUAGAUCAUCUUCUUUUGCUAGGAGUUGAGAGCCAGUGGGCUCCAGUUUCUGUUCGUUGUGUGGCGUUACAUUGCAUUGGUGAUUUAAUUGCUCAACAUCCUAAGAACAUUGAUGAGCUUGCAAGUAAAGUGCUAGGAGAGGAGCCACAAGUAGAACCUGCUCUAAAUUCCAUCCUUCGGAUCAUUUUGCGAACUUCUAGCAUGCAAGAGUUCGUCGAUGCUGAUUAUAUAUUCAAGAACUUUUGUGAGAAAAAUCCAGAGGGUCAAAAACUCUUAGCAUCAACGCUGACACCCCAGCCGCAGUUGAUGACUCAUGCACCUCUGGAAGAUGAUGUAAACAUGUCAUUUGGAAGUAUGCUGCUCCAUGGUCUUACAAUGAGUGAAAGUGAUGGAGAUCUUGAGAUAUGCGCACGCGCAGCUAGCGUUUUGUCUCAUCUGCUGCAAGACAAUAUCCAGUGCAAAGAGAAGGCUUUGAGAGUUGAGUUAGGGCCGACAAGGCAGUCUAUGGGGACCCCUGAGCCACUAAUGCACCGCAUGGUGAAGUACUUGGCUGUUGCUUCUUCCAUGGAUGGUAAAGAUGGAAAGUCAAAUGGGAAAGAAAAUCUCUAUAUUCAAGAAAUGAUUUUAAAACUUCUGAUAAUAUGGCUGGUUGAUUGCCCUGUUGCCGUGGAAUGUUUUCUUGAUGCACACCCCCACAUUACCUAUCUUCUUGAAUUACUCUCAAAUCAAUCGGCAACAGUAUGCACUCGGGGGUUAGCAGCUGUUCUUUUGGGAGAGUGUGCUCUUUAUAACAAAUGUAUUGGAAGUGGUAAAGAUGCUUUUGGCAUAGUCGAUGCUAUCAGCCAAAAACCUGGGCUUACCUCUUACUUUCUGAAGUUUGAUGAGAUGGAUAAGACCUUUCUUUUCUCUUCUAGAAAGGUUUCUGCACAUCGCAAACCCUUGACUAGAUCUAGUGGUGCUAGUGUGGAAAAUGUUGAAGACGCAGAAAAAGAUGCCAGUUUGGAAGAUAAGAGGAACACAGAGCAUCCUAUUCUGGCGGCAGUCUUUGAUGCCAGUUUUGUUGCCAUUGUUGUUAGCUUGGAGGGUAACAUAAGGGAGAGAUUUGUAGAGAUUUAUAGUAAUCCAAAAGCAAAGGUAGCAAUAGUUCCUGCUGAGUUAGAACAAAGAAGCGGAGAAAGUGAAGGGGACUACAUCAGUCGUCUGAAGUCUUUUAUAGAGAAACAGUGCUUGGAAAUUCAGGAUCUCCUUGGUCGCAAUGCAAGCUUAGCUGAAGACCUAGUCAAGACCGGUGCAAGGCCUGAACAAAAGACUAAUGCCCCUUCAGAGAGAUUCCAGGUGGAGACAAUCCGCAAAGAACUCCAAGAAGCAUCACAGCGACUUGAGAUUCUGAAAAACGAGAAGGCCAAACUUGAAAAUGAUGUUUCCAUGUAUCGAAAUCUAGCUGAGAAAAUGGAAUCUGAAUUGAAGAGCUUGUCAGAUGCUUACUGCAGUCUAGAACAGGCCAACUCCCAACUUGAGAAAGAGGCCAAGUCUCUGAAGAACGGGGGUGCUACACCUUUCCCAGAUAUCGAGGCAAUCAAAGCUGAAGUGAGAGAAGAAGCGGAGAAGGAAAGUGAGGCGGAGUUGAAUGAUUUGCUUGUUUGCUUAGGACAAGAGCAAAGCAAAGUGGAGAGACUCGCUGCGAGGUUAUCGGAACUAGGAGAGGAUGUUGACAAACUUCUUGAAGGUAUUGGAGACGAAACCACCUUACCCGAAGAUGAUGAUGAUGAUAAUGAUGAAGAUGAAAACUGAUCAUGCUUGUAUGUAAAACCUCUUUCCUCUAUUUUUUGAUAUUUAUCUACUGUUGCAGAUUUCUGUCCAGGUUGUUUUGCAUUUUGUGUUAUUAUUAGUACUAAAAGUGUUAUGUACAUUACUAAAUUUGCUAGUCAGUUGUACAGUUGAUUUGUUAAGAUUGGUACACCUGAAUAGUAUUCCAUAAUUCAUUCAGUGGUGUGAAACCCAAUAUCAGAAUUACCCUUGCUAGCAUUCAAUUAGGAAGACUUUCUUUCUGAUGAAUAUACUGCGACAUUAUUCAUGUAGUCCAUAAGGAUUCUCAAUUUUUAUCUCACUGAUAAUGCUACAAGUUAGCUACAACUAAACAAUUUAUUCAAACAUUUGUUACGGCAUAGUUUGGCCGCAUCAUUUUUUAUGGGUACGGGUUGACGCCUUUCUUUCCUUCUUAAACCUUGAUCAUAGUUUCAAUGGGCAGAAUACACUGUGUACGAUGAUGAUGACUUGUUACAGCCUAGAAGUGAAGAUACGACUUAUUCUGAAGUACUGACUACAUAUAUGUCUAUGUUACGUUACACUCCAUUACUUCGAUGCUAUUAAAUGGCUUUUAGUUACAACAAUGUUUGGGAGGUCAAGUGUACGUAAUCUCAAUUCUCAUCUUUGUAAUGACAAACGUUAUUUGCAAGUUCACAUGAAUACGAAAUGCUUAUAAUUUAUCGAGUCAUUUAAGUUUAGUCUACUACUAAUGAAACAAAAAAGAACAUAAAUAUAAAUAU